GGAUGCUGCCCCGAACUUCCGCUGUCCAAAACCAAAGAUAGGCUCCGCCCAUGCCAGUUAGGUAGCUGCCCAUGAGGCUGAGUUCCAGGCAUGGAGGGAGGCGGGCUGGGCUGCGCUGUGUGCGUACUGACCGGGGCCUCCCGGGGCUUCGGUCGCGCCUUGGCCCCGCAGCUGGCCCGGUUGCUGUCGCCCCGUUCCGUGCUGCUCCUAAGCGCGCGCAGUGACUCGGCGCUGCGGCAACUGAAGGAGGAGCUGGGCGCACAGCAGCCGGACGUGCGAGUGGAGCUGGCAGCCGCCGAUCUGGGCACGGAGGCCGGCGUGCAGCAUUUGCUGAGCGCGGUGCGCGAGCUCCCUAGGCCCGAGGGGCUGCAGCGCCUGCUGUUAAUCAACAACGCAGGCACUCUUGGGGAUGUUUCCAAAGGUUUCCUGAACCUGAAUGACCUAGCUGAGGUGAACAACUACUGGGCUCUGAACCUGACAUCCAUGCUCUGCUUGACCUCCGGCACUUUGAAUGCUUUCCCGGAUAGCCCUGGCCUGAGCAAGACUGUGGUUAACAUCUCAUCUCUGUGUGCCCUGAAGCCCUUCAAGGGCUGGGGUCUCUACUGUGCAGGGAAGGCUGCCCGAGAAAUGUUAUGCCAGGUCCUGGCUGUUGAGGAACCCAGUGUGAGGGUGCUGAGCUAUGCCCCAGGUCCCCUGGACACAGACAUGCAGCAGUUGGCUCGGGAAACCUCCGUGGACCCAGAGUUAAGGAGCAGCCUGCAGAAGUUGAAGUCGGAGGGGAAGCUGGUGGAUUGUGGGGCCUCAGCCCAGAAACUGCUGAGCUUGCUGCAAAAGGACACCUUCCAGUCUGGAGCCCACAUGGACUUCUAUGACCGUUAAGCCCAUGUCCUGUCACAGGGCCACCUCAACCUUCCCUAACACACAUAUAAGCCCUCCUACCCAAUCAGCGGGGAGGGGCGGGCACUGCCAGUCAUUGGAAGAUUUCUGCAGAGGCUUGGGAGAGGGCUGAUGUAUACUGGAGUUCUCUGUCCCCAGGAAGAGAACUUUAGAUCUGGGAAGAGCAGGGGAAACAGAAUCACUGGACAGAUGAGGUUGAGUCUCUUGUCUGUGGUCAGUCUGUGGCUGAGGAGGACGGGUGCUGAUGCAGAGCGAGGACUGAGGGCAUCCUGUGUGGAUGCUCCUUGAGCUUCUGGUCUUUGUGGUACUGCCUUCAUCCUGUGGUAUUCACUGCUCCUUCCUUGACUCUGGUCCAAAUACAUAGUUAAUGAGGCAGAUG